AUGGACACCAUGAUUAGAAUCUUCCAGUGCUACUCCUGCCAGGAAGGGGACCGAUUGAAGGUCAACAAGGGGAUGAAGAUGCUCCCGCAGAGAGAGUUCACGACAUUUUCUUUUUCCUUUUUGUGCCAAAAGGACCCUCAGUUGAUUGAUAAGCUAAUGCAAGACCUGGACUCCAAUAAGGACAACGAAGUGGAUUUUAAUGAAUUUGUGGUCAGGGUGGGCGCCCUGACAGUUGCUUGUAAUGAUUACUUUGUAGAACAAUCGAAGAAGAAAGGAAAGUAGAGAUAAGUAGCAAGCUAAUCUAAAGGCAGAAAUAUAUCCAAAGUUAAUUACUUAUUAUUCAUUUUUCCCCUUCAAAGUUAUAGAUACUGUAACGCAGCUGUUCUCAACCUGUGGGUCGAGACCCCUUUGGG